AACUGAAACCAUGAUCGCCAACAUAUAUAUUCAAUCAAAAUAAAAUGCAAAAAUUAGAUUUUAUCAUUAAUUAUAUGCUCUUUUAUUUUAUAACAUGUUAAAAAUUAUGUUUUUUUUUAUUACAAAUAAACUCCUUCAAUCAAAUUAUACCUGCGAUACAUAUCAAACAAAAUAACAUUAAAUUCAUGUAUAGAUGACAUUGACAGUAAUGUAAUAAUGUGUAUUAUUGAUUAAUAUUUUUAUCAUCUUCGAUAAAAUUAACGUUAAAAGUAUGGGAAACGUUGACACGAAAUUAAAUUUUAGAAAAGCAGUGGUUCAACUUACAUCAAAAUCAGAGCCAAUUGAUUCAAGUGAUGAUACCUUCUGGGAACAAUUUUGGUCGGAAAACGUGUCAAAUGUUCAAGACAUUUUUACUCUAGUCCCUGCUAUAGAAAUAAGACAGUUAAGAGAAGAAGCACCCUCUAAUUUAGCAACAUUAUGUUAUAAAGCUGUUGAGAAACUUGUUAAAGCUGUAGACAAUAGUUGUAGGACACACCAUGAACAACAAACAGUUUUGAACUGUGCAAGACUUCUCACAAGAAUAUUACCAUAUAUUUUUGAAGAUUCAGAAUGGAAAGACUUUUUCUGGUCCUCUCUUCCAAGUAAAGAAGAGGAGUAUGAAGAGUCAGUUCCAUUGGCACAUUCUUUAUUGAAUUCUGUGUGUGACCUAUUAUUUUGUCCAGAUUUCACUGUAGUCACAAACAGAAAAAGUGGUCCAGAUAAAGCUGAAGAGUUGUCUGCAAUUGAUAGUUGUGAAUAUAUUUGGGAGGCUGGUGUUGGUUUUGCACAUUCACCACCACGUAACCCUACUUUUGAUUCUAACCGCACUGAAUUAUUAAAGCUUCUUUUGACUUGCUUUAGUGAAACUAUGUACCAUCCACCAGCUGAUAUAACUGACAACCCAAACAAAUGGAUACUGUAUUUAACUUCUGCAGAAAAUAGGCAUGCUCUUCCAAUGUUCACAUCAUUACUAAAUACCGUCUGUGCUUAUGAUCCUGUUGGCUUGGGCGUACCAUAUAAUCAUUUAUUAUUUAGUGACUCUCUGGAACCAUUAGUUGAAGCUGCUUUGCAGAUUCUUAUUGUUACAUUAGAUCAUGACACAAGUUCUUCAACUCCUGCAGAAAGUGAAGAUGUUUCCGUCCCUGAUAAUCUUUUCAUUAAUUACUUGUCUAGAAUACACAGAGAUGAAGAUUUCAAUUUUAUUUUAACUGGCAUUACUCGCUUAUUAAAUAAUCCCUUAGUUCAAACAUAUUUACCAAAUUCAACAAAGAAAGUUCAUUUUCAUCAAGAAUUGUUGGUAUUUUUUUGGAAACUGUGUGAUUACAAUAAGAAAUUCUUGUACUAUGUACUAAAGAGUAGUGAUGUUUUGGAAGUAUUGGUUCCUAUUUUAUAUCAUCUCAAUGAUUCCAGAGCUGAUCAGUCUCGAGUCGGUCUCAUGCAUAUUGGAGUAUUUAUUUUACUUUUGCUUUCUGGUGAAAGGAAUUUUGGAGUUCGUCUCAAUAAACCAUAUACAGCAACAAUACCCAUGGACAUUCCAGUAUUUACAGGAACUCACGCAGAUCUGUUAAUUAUAGUAUUUCAUAAAAUUAUUACAACUGGACAUCAACGGUUACAGCCAUUGUUUGAUUGCCUACUUACGAUUUUAGUUAAUGUUUCACCUUACUUAAAAACUCUAUCAAUGGUCUCGAGCACAAAACUGCUUCACUUAUUAGAAGCUUUCAGUACACCAUGGUUUUUGUUUUCUGCAUCUUCUAAUCACCAUUUAGUAUUUUUCCUCCUAGAAAUUUUUAACAAUAUCAUCCAAUACCAAUUUGAUGGUAACUCUAAUUUAGUUUACACAAUUAUUAGAAAACGUCAAGUAUUCCACAGUCUAGCUAAUCUACCAAGUGACUACAGCGCCAUUACCAAAUCAAUUAAUAAAAAAACGAAAAAAAAAAUGUCUGCUUCUAUAAGUCACGAGAAUAUUCCUGAACAGGCAAUGGAAGGGUCUCGCCCUGCUCUUCCAGCAGAACCAGGAACAUUGAAAGCAACUCUCCCUGAUACACCACAGAUUGGACAGAUGACAGAAAGAGAAUCCGCACAUCCGUCAAUACAACAAGCGGAUGGAUUAACAUUAACCAAUGGAAUGUCAACUUUAGCUGUAAAUACACCUUCUAAGACUGCAGUUACCCUAGGAAAAAAUAGUAGUAGAGGAAUGAAUUCCAACCAAGCAACUGAAUUAGAAGAAUCUCGAAGUUCCUCUCCAUCUGGGGGAUUCAAUAGGGCUGUGAAUGCAAGAAAUAGUUUAAGAGUAAGUGCACCACAUGAAAAUCAAAAUGGGCAAUGGGUACCGACAAGUGAAUGGGUGCAUUCCUGGAAAAGUAAAUUGCCAUUACAGACAAUCAUGCGACUAUUACAAGUUUUAGUGCCUCAAGUUGAAAAAAUAUGUAUAGAUAAGGGAUUGACUGAUGAAAGUGAAAUUUUGAAAUUUUUACAACACGGUACUCUAGUUGGUUUAUUGCCAGUACCUCAUCCGAUACUAAUUAGGAAAUAUCAAGCAAAUUCUGGAACAACCACGUGGUUUAGGACGUACAUGUGGGGAGUCAUUUACUUAAGGAAUGUCGAUCCUCCAGUUUGGUAUGAUACCGAUGUUAAAUUAUUUGAAAUUCAACGUAUUUAAAUUUAAUAGUUAGUUUCAAUGUUAAAAAUUAAUAUAUAUUUAUAUUUAUUUGUACUAAUUAUAGGCACUCAACAGACGUACUUCAUAAGAUUAUUCAUUUCCGAAAAAAAUUGUCUCUCUCAAGUUUGAGUUCUUAAUAUCAAUUUUAAGAAUUAUAUUUUUUUUAAUUUCUAAUACUUUUUACAAUAAUGGAAAUCCAUUUGAUGGCCCUUGUGGUGAGUUUAUGCUCUUCAAAAUCGCUUUAGAAUUCACUAAUAAAAGAAAAAAGAAAAUUGUGUAUUAAAAAUUUUUCAAAUUUUUAAUGCAUUUUGAAUGGUAAAACUAUAUUUAAAUUGUAAGCAGUUAAGAUUGUUAUUAAGAGCUCAAACUGAGAUUUUUUUAUAUAUGUAGAUUCAUAUUUCGCUUGAGCACCGAAAAAACUAAUUUUUUUUCGAAAAUGAAUUACCCUAGUACUUAAUUUAUAGUUAACAAGAUGAUUAAUAUUUUGCAUUUAAUAAUAUUAUUAUCAAAUUAAUUUGUUCUGAAUCAUAUCAUUGAUGUUAAUGUAACUUACAGAGUGUCCAGAUGAAAACUUUCCUUUAAAAGGCAUGUAGAGUUAGUACAAAGACUAUUUUAUUUUAAAAUGAUAAAUCAAUGAUCUGGAGCGAGAAAUAUUGUUUUCACGGUGAAUGUGAUACACAUAGGGGUAACUCCAGUUCACUCAAAUGACUGGCACCAGAGAUUUAUUAAAAAAAAAAACUUGAAUAAUAGUAUACUUUAAGAGAUUUUCAAACUGAGGACUCCAAACUCCCAUGAUGGAGGUUAGAUAAUUCCGUAAUAUUGAUAGUUUGUAUUGAAAUUUUAUGAAAAUAUGUUCAUUUUUUCUGUAAUUUUUAUAUUAUUUCUUCAGAAAGAAACAUACCUACUAAUCAAAAAUUUCUCUUCCAUACAUAUUUACUUUGCUGUAUUAUGUCUGUUGACUGUUGAAAGUAUUUAAAAAUGUAUAAAACCAAAGUGUGAUAAAAUUAAAUAAAAUUGUUUUCU